UGAUGGAACACGAAAACAAAAAAAGGGAACCAGCAUGCCCCGUUUGUGAACCGAACAACGCCUUCGAACCAUGCGUGUGCUGGAAGCUAAACGAAGUCGUUCGUGAAUGAUGUCGCUCGCCGUCUGGGCUGUUAACAGCCAGCAACUUCUGACCUGGCGAGACUUAACCAGACAGACUGUCAGUGACAGGCCGCGACGUGGGACAGCUCGGCACACAACCUCUCGGAAAUCGCCUCUUCUUUCUGCUGGUCUGGGCCAGAGGUUCCAACAGAGGAAGUAAAAUGGAAGCACCUCUGUCGCCAAGAGAUUCUGGAAAGUUCAUUGCAGAAAACAGCAAAGAUGUUUUUAUUGAAGAAGAGGGGGUAUGCAGGAUAGCAGCGAUGCUGUAUGCAAAAAGGGGCUGUAAAGAAUUCACAGCUGAAGGCUGGAAAAAGAUGAACCCACUGGCUCCAUUCUGCAAUACCGAUGAUGCAAUAAAUUGGGUUUUUGUGGUGGAUACUAUGAACUUCUCCUUCUGGCCAGAUAAAGAAGACCAGCAGUGCACGGUGACAUACAAAGGCAAAGGCUACAGUGGGUACAUGUCACUUUGUGCUGCUGUCACUAGAGCACUGGAUGAAGGUAUUCCCAUCACUCAAGCUUCAUACUUUGCAAACAUGACUCUAGAUGACCUGAAGCACGUGCUGCGGUCUGACAAUGAUGUUCCAAUGCCCAUGAUCGAGGAAAGACACAAAGCACUCACUGAGGCCGGCAAAGUGCUGCUCCAGUAUGACGGCUCUUUCCGCCAAUUCAUGAGUAAAGGUGAAAACAGUGCAGAGAAAAUGGUCAUGCACAUUGUGAAGACCUUGCCAUCUUACAGAGACGAGGCUACUUUUGAGGGGAAAAAGGUUUCAUUUCAUAAGCGAGCCCAGAUCCUUGUGGCUGAUUUCUGGGGCAUAAUGGAAGCAAGGGGAGAGGCCAACAUUCCUGACCUUGGGUACCUGACAAUGUUUGCGGACUACAGGGUGCCUCAGGCUCUUGUCUACCUCGGUGCACUGAGGUACUCUGAUGCACUGAUGAAGACCCUCCAGGAAGGAAAGACGCUGCCAUCUGGAGACCGCAGAGAAGUGGAGAUCCGUGGCUGUUCCAUUUGGUGCGUCGAGAGGAUCAGAGCUCACCUGUGGGACAUCACUGAACAAAGAGAAGGACGCAGAGCUGAAGAAGUCAAUUCGGCUGUCAUUGAUUUCUUCCUGUGGCCCUAUGCCAAAGAGCACCAGGCAGAAAUGGCUCACAUCCCUAUCCACCACACCCGCUGCAUUUAUUACUGACUGAGGCAUUUCCUCUGUCUUUCAUGGUCAUUCCAAAACUGUAAUAAAAACGACUUGCCUAGGACUUUUCUUAGUCUGUGUUUCUUUGGAUAUGGGAAUGUUUUAAUGUGGUAUUGCUUCUGUUACUGGGCAUAAUGCUUGUUUGAAAUAAUAAACCAAUCCAGGGCUUCAAUCUAGGGAUUGUCUCAGCAUUUUCCCUGUGUUAUUUAUUUUAAUGAUUAAAAUAAAUAAACAAA